UUAGCUGCAGGAGCGGGGGAGGGGCAAAGCCAGAGCCGGGGGUGGGGUGGGGAGCAGGGCCCUAGCACGCAGAACGUGCAGUCGGGGGAGGGGGGGGGGGGAGCUGUAACAGAAAAUCAUAGAGUUGGAAGGGAGCCUAGAACAUAAAACUCUGAGGUCGGGAAAGGCCGUUCCGAUAAUGAACUCAGGACCGUCUCACAGAGCGGCAAAACGCCGGGAAGCCGAGGCCGGGGGACCCCUGGAAAACGCAGCAGAGCUGGGGGUGGGGCCCAAGCCUGCCCUGGGGCCGACGGGGGCCUCUGCUUCUCCUUCAUCGUCCCCUUUGAUGAAUGAGGGGGCAGAGGCCCAGGGAUGCCCGGUCCCUCUGAAGGAGGGGGCAGCAUGAAGUCGCGGACAGAGCACUGACUUGGGACCCGGCGGGAACGCUUCCUGGAACAAAGUAGCCGCGUGCCCUUAGCCAAGUCACUUACAGACUCGGCUGUUUCCCGAAGGGCUUUGGGAAGGAAGAGAGAACAUGCCGAGCGAUUCGCAAAGUAAAUGGGAGCUGCCAUUAUCAUACCCGCUCCGCAGUUUUUAGCGGAUUCUAACCCCAUCAACCACCAGCAAGGAUUUACUGAGCACCUACUGUCUGCCUACUACGGCCAGGCAGGGAAUGAAAGCGCUCCUGCUUCCCGGGAUCUUCCUUUCCCGGGAGGAGACGCGCGUGGAAAACGGACGCAGCAGUUAGGAAGUCGAGGAAGGCAAAGCCACCGGGAGUGGGGGGAGCUUUCAGCGAGGGACAAAGGGGUCCCUCGGACUGGACGGCAGGGAGCAGCUGGGGACCCUCUGUGAAGGGCCUUACCAGGAGGAGAGAGGGCUCUGGGGGUUAAUUAGAGCGAAUUUCAUCUCAUUAGACCAUAGCAAUCCCAGGGUUGAACAGCGACUCGCAUGUCUGACCUGCACCUCAGGAAAGUGCUGCAAGGGGGGGGACGGCCUGGAGCAGGGAGAGACCGGAGGCUGGGACAGCGGCCGGGCGGCGGGGGCAACGAUCCGGGCCACAGGGGAGUCCGGGAGAGAAGGGGGCAGGAGGGAGAGAGCUGCUGGGAAGGCAAGAGUGGCAAGAUGGGGCAACAAACUGAGGAUGUGAGGAGAGAGGGAGAUGAAGCCAGAAAACCUGGGAGCCUGGAAGGAUGGUAGGGCCUUUGGCACAACUGGGAAAGCUUGCAAGAGGGAGCAUAGGGGUGAUGCAUGACAAGCUCCGAGGGGAGACCCAGGCUGAUUGUCAUAAUCUGUCUGUCUGUCCAUCAAUACCAUCUGUUUCUAUCUGUCUGUGUCUAUCUGUCUACCACCUGCCUGUCUUACUGUCAGUCUAUCCAUCCAUAUCCAUCUAUCCAUCUAUCUGCCUCUAUCUGUCUGUAUCUGUAUCUAACUUUAUAUGUCUGUCUGCCUGUCUACAUGUCUGUCUAUACAUCCAUCUGUCUGCCUAUCUAUGUGUCUGCUUAUCUGUAUCUCUGUCUGUGUCCGUCUGUUUCUAUCUGCCUAUCUCUAGCUGUCUGUCUCUAUAUCUGUGUGUCCAUCUAUGUAUCUGCUUAUCUAUAUCUCUGUCCGUGUCCAUCUGUUUCUAUCUGCCUAUCUCUGUCUGUCUCUGUGUCUCUUUAUCUCUAUGUGUCUGCUUAUCUGUAUCUCUGUGUCCAUCUGUUUCUUUCUAUCUCUGUCUGUCUCUGUGUCUCUUUAUCUCUGUCUCUGUGUCUCUUUAUCUCUAUGUGUCUGCUUAUCUGUAUCUCUGUGUCCAUCUGUUUCUUUCUAUCUCUGUCUGUCUCUGUGUCUCUUUAUCUCUGUCUAUGUGUCUGCUUAUCUAUAUCUCUGUGUCCAUCUAUUUCUAUCUUUCUAUCUCUGUCUCUGUGUCUCUUUAUCUCUAUGUGUCUGCUUAUCUGUAUCUCUGUGUCCAUCUAUUUCUUUCUAUCUCUGUCUGUCUCUGUGUCUCUUUAUCUCUGUCUAUGUGUCUGCUUAUCUGUAUCUCUGUGUCCAUCUAUUUCUAUCUUUCUAUCUCUGUCUCUGUGUCUCUUUAUCUCUAUGUGUCUGCUUAUCUGUAUCUCUGUGUCCAUCUGUUUCUUUCUAUCUCUGUCUGUCUCUGAGUCUCUUUAUUCUCUUUAUCUCUGUCUGUCUGUCUCUGUCUCUUUAUCUCUCUGUGUGUCCAUCUGUUUGAGAAUCGGGAGCAGCCCGGAGAGGAGACCUCCACCCAGAGGGUGGUGGGCAGGGUCCAAGACCGCAGAGAAGUGGAGAAGCGAGCGCCUGGCUUUGCAGAGGGGGGCGGAGUGACCCGAGGUAGCCCAUCCCCCAGGGCAGGGGGAGCGAGAGAGGAGGGGAGGGAGGCCGCGAGCCUGGGCAGCAUUUUCCAGGACUUGGCUGAGAAAGGGAGGACAGAUCUGUGCCCGGUGAGCCUGCAGCGUCCCCCUCUCGCCCCCUCCCCCCCCACAUAUGGUAGUGGCCUGAACCCGCGGCCCCUCCAGGCAGACAGCACGGAGGGGGAGCGGAGAGAGAAGGGGAGGGGGGAGGGGAGUUCUCCGCAGAGCUGUCCACGGUACCUGCCUUCCUGCCGCUGGCCUGUCCCGGAAGCCGCAAGGGAGCUGAGGGCGAGGAGAAGCCCACCCACCCUCCCGAGGUCCCGUUCCUAAGCGCAUCGUGGGGGCAGCGAGACUUCGGGGGCCUCCUUCCCACACAGUGACCCACCCAGACCCUUCCGGGCAGAGGAUCGCUGAGGCGGGGGCCAGGGGCUGGGGCAGGCAAUGCCCCCAGGCGGAAUGCUGGGAGGGCACGACGGGGAAUGCUGGGAGGGCGCGAGGUUCAGAAAGAGGGACUGCGGGUCGGCAGAGGUGAGAGCAGCUCUCUGCUGAGUCUUGAACCCGGGGCUCUGGGUUUGCUGCGCCGUCCCUGGGUAUGGCUCCCCGGCUGACAUCUGUGUGAGCCUGGGCAGGCCCCUUCCCCGACUGGGCCCAGUCUACUCGACUAUUUGUUGCUCUCCCUUUAGAGCAGAGGGGUCUGUUCCCUCUGUUUCCCCAGUGCUCAGCACGGUGCCUGGCACGCGGUAGGUGCUUAAUCAGUACGGAGUGGUCGGGAAGUGAGGGCCCAGAUGCCGGCUCCCCCGGGGC